AUGGAAGAAAGUAAAGGCCCAUUCAUGUGUAACAGCAUGUGUUUUUUCUUUGCCAUGCUGGUGAUACAAGGAAAUGUGAUUCCAGAAGAAGCCAAAAGCAAUGCAGAAAUUAAUCCUGAACAAUUUAUGAACAUUAGUGAGAAAAUCCUGCACUGGGGAUACCCUUCUGAAGAAUACAAUGUCCUUACAGAAGAUGGUUACUAUCUGAGUGUGAACAGAAUACCAGGAGGCUCAAAAGCAGCCAUAUUGCUAAUGCAUGGCUUAAUUCUGGAAGGCAGUGUAUGGGUAGCAAAUUUGCCCCAUCAGAGCCUAGGCUUCAUACUAGCGGAUGCCGGAUAUGAUGUGUGGAUUGGAAACAGUAGAGGGAAUUUCUGGUCUAGAAGACACAAAAAUCUUACAAUUGACCAAGAAGAAUUUUGGGAUUUCAGUUUUCAUGAAAUGGGCACCUAUGACCUUUCUGCCAUAGUGAACUUUAUUCUGGAGAAAACAGGGCAGGAGAAGAUUUAUUAUGCAGGCCAUGAACAGGGGUCUACAAUAGCUUUUAUUGGAUUUUCUAUACUUCCGCAACUGGCUGAAAAAAUAAAGAUAUUUUUUGCUUUGGGACCUGUUUAUACAUUCUAUUACUCUGUAAGUCCAGUUGUACAACUUCUACUUUUGCCAGAGGCAACAUUAAAGGUUAUCUUUGGCACAAAAGAAUUGUGCCUUCUGGGACCACAGAUAAGAAAAUUUCUGGCUCGAGAGUGCAGCAGGCAAUUCAUAGAUGGAAUCUGCAAAAAAGCUCUUUCACUUGUCAGUGGUUUCAAUCUGAAAAAUCUAAAUGAGAGCCGAUCAGAUGUGUAUGUAUCCAUGUUCCCAGAUUACACCUCUGUGAAAACUGGAAUCCAUUGGAGCCAGUUAAGGAAAACAGGGAAAUUCAGAUACUUUGACUAUGGCUCAAAGAACAUUGAAAUAUACAACCAGACUACUCCACCUUUUUACAGGAUAGAAGAUGUUGUUGUGCCAGUUGCUUUGUGGAGUGGAGGACAUGACUGGAUUUGCCAACCAAAGGAAACUGUAGAGCUACUGUUCCACAUCAAUAAUUUGAUUUAUUUUAAGGAGUUGCCUGACUGGACCCACUGGGAUUUCAUUUGGGGCAUUGAUGCUCAUCAGCGCAUGUACAGGGAAAUGCUUUACCUUAUGGAAAAGUACUCAUGAAACCAAUCUGGGCUUAAAAGCUCUUUCGGUUGAGUAUCCCUUAUCUGGAAUUCCAAAAAUUUUCAUGGAGGUGUCCGAAAUAGUGACACCUUUGCUUUCUGAUGGCACAAUGUACACAAACUUUUUUCAUGCACAAAACUAUUACAAAUAUUCAGCCUAAGUGUAUAAGAUGUAUAUGAAACAAGUCAACUUCAUGUUUAGACAUGGAUUUCAUUUCCAAGAUAUCUCAUUAUGUAUGCAUGUAUGUAUGUAUGUGCA